UUGAGAGCACAUUAUCUGUAUACCUAAAGCCUUCACAAGCCUUCACCCAUGCCAGGCAAAAAAAAGUCCCACCACAGUUAUUACAAUGAAGCCAGUUCUCAUCCCUCUCUACCUUUCUGUGUUUCAGUACAUCAUCGUCCAACUGGUGGCCGGUCAGUCGCCACCUAUAUACACUCCUACUGAUAAUAUCACCCUUAACUGUGGCUCAUCCGGUCACAAUGUCAGUGACUAUGAUUCUCGAAAUUGGACUGGAGAUAUCAACUCAAAGCUUUCCCCUAUAGAAGUUGGUCGCGCAUCCCAAGCUUUGAAAGCACUACCAUCGUCCUCCUCGAGAGGUACCGUACGCCACAGCCAAGUACCGUACCCCACAGCAAGGCUUUCUUACUCGGAAUUCACUUAUCGAUUUCCCGUCAGUCCGGGCCAGAAGUUCAUUCGCUUAUACUUCUACCCAGCUUCAUACAGCGCCGAGUUCUCCCUCUCCGUGUCUCUUUUCUCUGUCAAAGUCGGUGUCUUCACUCUUCUCAAAGACUUUAACGCUUCUGCAAAUGCCGAUGCUGAUCGUUCUGAGACGGUGCUCAAAGAAUUUUGUACUAACGUUGAGCGAGAACAACAGAUCCUUAACAUCACAUUCACUCCCAGCAAAAAGGCAUAUGCUUUCAUCAACGGGAUUGAAAUAUGGUCGAUGCCAACAAAUCUUUAUUACUCUACUGCUAACUCUCUCAGCAGCAGAAACUCAUAUCCAGUCAAAAACAGCACAGCUCUACAGAUGCUAUACCGAAUCAACGUUGGCGGAAGCAUAGUUUCGCCCAAGGAAGACACCGGCUUGUACCGGACUUGGGAUGCCACAGACCUCCUUUAUUUGGAUGAUCAAAGUACAAGACUCAGUGUUCUUCAACAGAACAGGACUGUUGAACUCAAAUUUAUCAAAAUACCAGAGUACAUAGCCCCAAAAGUAGUUUACCAAACAGGUCGGUCAAUGGGGAUGAACAAAACCAUCAACGAGAAUUACAACCUCACCUGGUUAUUUCCGGUAGACUCUAACUUCUCCUACCUUAUUAGAUUGCAUUUUUGUGAGUUUGAGUCUGAAAUUACCAAGAGCGGAAACCGGACGUUUAUAAUUUACAUAGCCAAUCAAACUGCUGAACAAGGAGCAGACAUAAUUCAAUGGAGUGGUGGAAAUGGGAUACCGAUAUACAGAGACUACAUCUUGCUCAUGUCUGACCCUGGAAGCCAGAAGAGAGUUAACCUCUCUAUUGCGUUGCAAGUAUCCCCACUAGAUUGGUUGAGUACAUAUACCGAUGCAUUGAUGAAUGGGAUCGAAAUCUUCAAAUUAUUCAACCCAGAUGGCAAUAAUGUCCCUCUGAAACGCAACCCACCACCAGAGGAGACACCAAAACAGCAAACUUCACACUACAAGCUGACAACACAAGUACAAAUCAUCAUUGCUGCUGUUGUGUCCAGCAUACUUGUGUUUUUCGUCCUCGGAUUUUUGGUCAUCAAGCAACGAUGGAAAGCUAAGGACACUGACUCCAGCCACAGGAUAACGAGGUCAACCAUGAUCCCAGAGUCACCUUUACCUUCUUAUUUGUGUCGUUACUUUUCACUGGCAGAGAUCAAGGCUGCCACCAAAAACUUCAAUGAUACUUUCAUUAUUGGAGCUGGAGGAUUUGGCAACGUGUACAAAGGAUGUAUCGAAGGUGGAGUCACUCCAGUUGCAAUCAAAAGACUGAAACCAGAGUCAUCCCAGGGUGCCCACGAGUUUAAGACGGAAAUCGAGAUGCUCUCUCAACUUCGUCAUCGUCAUUUGGUUUCGCUCAUUGGAUAUUGUGCUGAUAAAGGUGAGAUGAUCUUAGUGUACGAGUAUAUGUCCCGUGGAACCCUUCGUGACCAUCUCUACCACAAUAAUAAACCACCUCUUUCUUGGAAGCAACGGCUUCAGAUUUGUAUUGGCACAGCCCGCGGGUUGCAAUACCUCCACAGUGGUGCGAAGGGCACCAUCAUACACCGUGAUGUGAAGAGCACAAACAUCUUAUUGGAUGACAAAUGGGUAGCCAAAGUUUCAGAUUUUGGGUUGUCCAAGGGCACGACUAACAUGUCCAAAACCCACAUCAGCACGGUGGUGAAAGGUAGUUUUGGGUAUCUGGACCCGGAGUACUACCGCCGACAACGUCUGACUGAGAAGUCAGACGUGUACUCACUUGGUGUAGUGUUGUUUGAGGUAUUGUGUGCAAGGCCAGCAGUGAUGCAGGCAGAAGAGCUGAAGCAGGUGAGCCUGGCUGAGUGGGCCAAGAGCUGUCAUCAGAAUGGGGAAAUUGAUCAAAUCAUUGAUCCAAGUUUAAGAGGUAAGAUCGCAGCCGAGUGCCUGAAUAAGUUCACCGAAAUAGCUAUCAGUUGCAUGCAUGACAAUGGAACAGAACGGCCAUCCAUGACUGAUGUUGUUAGGGGGCUUGAACUUGCAUUGCAGCUUCAGCAGUGUGCAGAAGGGAAUAUCAACUGCACUGAAGGGAUUGUUGAAACUGAACCAAGCAGUAAUGAGCAAAGACUUGCCACCAACGAUUCCAUUAAAUGUAUAUCAGCAACUAUCUUCUCUGAGAUUAACAACCCAAGUGGGAGAUGAUAAGCAUCAUUUCAAAGAAAUGAAAGCAAUCUGGACAGAAUCAUGAACAAGUUAGUGUAUUGCAUUAUAUAUUUGAACUGGAAGGAAAACCAAUAGAAUGCAAUAUUACUUGUGCCA